GUACACCAAAGGUUGCAUCUAUCACAGACACACAUGAUGAGGGUUUCAAAGCUUCCAGGAAGUAACAAGAGAAAAACUCUGCUGCUUGAGAGAGCUGCAGUCAGAAGGUGCAUGGGAUGUCACGGACCUCGGGCCUCUUCAGGUUGCACCGCUCCUCUUCCCCAACAUGAUCAACACCUACCAGACCAGCUUGGCUCCUCCACCAGUGCCACCACGCCAACACGGUGGAUCUCAUCAGGUCCUCAUUCCAGCUCCACUUCCAACAAAAGCCUACAGCAAGUCUCUCCUCCACUUUUUGGUUGGUGUGGUGCUGCUGAAUUUAUUUCUGACCACUGGAGGAUUCAUCUAUCUGUCCUUCAAAAUGGUAAAAAAAAAAAACAAUAAUUCCAGUAUGUAAGAUUUUUGACAGUGCAGUUAAGAUGAUGGUUAUUUGCCAGUUUUAACUCUGCCUUUAUAAACAGUCUUUACAAAACUGCAAUUUAACUGUAUCAGCGUGAAUGUGCUGCAUAGGGGUGAUGCUUUCCAGACCACGAGGGCAGGAUUUUAUUUUAGAAAUUAAAAAAAAUUUAUUAAGAUUUUUUUUUUUCUGCAAAAUCCACAAUUCUCUCCACCUAGUUGACUUUGCUCUGCUAAAGCCUGAUGGUUAACACUUUUUUUUUUAAUGUGAGAAGAGUCAGUCAGGUCAAUGUGGCAACAGGAAAUGAUCUUAAACAAACAAAGAUGAGGUUUGACAUUUUGCGGCACAGUUUUGUGGCAUAUGAACAUGUUUUGAGAUCAGGAAGGAUGUUGAGUCCUAAAUAUUAAAACAAUUUCAAAGAAAAAUAAAAAAAAACAAGCUUGUCUUUCAUGUUUUUCUGUUUUCAUUCUUACAGGAUGAAAAAUCUCCCACAGCUCAAGAAAAAGGUACAUCCUUUAUUUUUUUAACCACAGUAAAUUUUAUACAUGCAAAAUAUAAUAUCAUCAGCCUCUGACCAGGUAUUCGUUCUUUUCUCCAGCAUUUUUUGUCCCGCCAGAGAAGCAGAUAGGUCUUCGACCAGAAACGCCUGGCAAAGCCUUAGCACACCUCAUGCUUUAUGAGCCGCCAGGCAUGGGGAAAUCUAUACGUAAGACACCACACUUAGUUAUAAAAAUGCCAAUAUGAAUUGCCAAAUAUCCAUUUUUAACUCCAUGUUUCUCCUUUUGUCUCCCCAGCGGGUUUACUUCAGUGGGACAUUGGCCACUCUGAUUUGAGGAACAUCAGCCUCUUCUUCAAGAACAAGGUCGUCAUCCAGAAGUCUGGGAAGUAUUAUGUCUACUCCAAGGUCACCUUCUCCAAGGUCACCUCCUCCAAGAGUGACUCUGGCAGUCUGCUGACCAGCAGGGUCAUGCUGAAGAGAAAGGUAGAUGAGGAGAAGGCUGCCAUGAAGGCCUACUGCAACCUGGACACUAACAGCGGGUCUGUGUCCAUCCCCCGUAUGUGCACAGCCACGCAGGGGGAGGUGAUUGCACUUGAGAAAGGAGACAAGCUCAGUGUCUGGGUAGAGGAUCUUUCACUGGUGGACUAUGAAGAUGGAGCAACAUCAUUUGGGAUGUACGAGCUGUAGGACUUCUGUAUGAGCAAGCAUGGGCUGAAGAUUGGACCAAAGCUACGGAUUAAAAAUCAAACUAAAGACUUUUUUCUUUGAGUUUUUUGGACCAAGAGACAAAGACCAAACUCUUUCACUAUAAUUUAUUUAAUAAGAAAUGUUUGUGCACAAUGUGUUUUUUGUUUUCCAGAAAUGUAAAUAGUUCUUUUUGUAUUUAUUUUGGUAGAUGUUGUGAGAAUGAAAGGAAAAGUAAAGUGGAUAUUUAAUCAAAAGUAAUUGCGCUCCCUCUCUCCAUUUUGUCAUGUGUCUUCCUGUUCCAGGAAGUUGAGGGGGUGAACACACCAGACUUAAACACAACUAUACUGCAUCUUAAUGUCAGUAAGAAGCAUAUCUGUACAAUGAAUAGUGAAUUUGGGAAGUGGAAUAAAAGAGUGACACAUUUUUUCAGUCAAAAAAGAGUAAA